AUUCUCCCCCUUGAGGAAUAAGAAGAUUGGAGGCGGAAGCGAAAGGGUUUCUAUUGAACGUGAAAUCUUCUUCUUCUUCCUUCUUCUUCUUCUUCUUAAUCCUCCUUACCUUCGGGAGGAAGGGGCAGAGAGAAGAAGAUAUUCAUUAUCUGCAGCCGCCAGAAACUAAAACGAGGAGAAUCGAACAUGGAUUCGUUUACGUCAACUGCCACCAACCAAUAUUCCGACCCUUUAAUGGACAAGGAUGCUGCUUCCGCCGUCGAUCCUUUCCUUGUUGAGGCUCUACAAAACCCCCGUCAUCGUCUUACCGUUCUGCGAAUGGAACAGGAUAUACAACAGUUCCUGCAAAAUGCCUAUGCACAACAGUUUGAGUUCCAGUAUUUGCCCACUUCCUACCUACGACUUGCAGCUCAUCGUGUUUCUCAACACUAUGGCCUGCAAACAUUGGUUCAGGAUAAUCUAUUAGAUGGUCAAGGAACAAAAAUUAUCGUAAGAAAAUUGACAGAGAGUAGAUAUCCAGCUAUGCAUUUAUCAGAUAUACCUAUUAAACAGUUAGGUAAUGAGAAGAAUGAAAAUGUUAAAAUUGUGCUGAUGCAAAAGUCUUGCAAUGCCUCUUCAAACGAGGGUGGUCAACUGGGAAUCAAAUGUAAUAAUGUGAAAACAGUUGAAGAAAGGAUGGAGGACUAUGAUAAGGCACGAGCUCGGAUUUUCAGUAGUCAUGUUCCUAGUAGCUCCGAGUUGGAAGAUACAAUGUGUCAGGCGACAGAAGAAGGAAACACUUCAUGCAUGGCUGAUCCUGAGAGAUCUUUCAGCAUAAAAGAUGCAAGCCUGCAUUCUCGAGUUGCUAUUUUCAAAGAUAGGGAGAAAGAUCUUACUGAUCCAGAUUAUGACCGUAGUUACAAAAGGUAUCCUAACCCAAUUCCAGCCAGUCAAAGUAUAAGUGCGGUGCCAUUAUUGAGCAUGCCGAGAUUUCAUGGUCCAUAUGUGCAGUACGGUGUUUUCCCUCAGGUGGUGGCUCAACAGCCGAGCAACCAACACCACCAGCCUUGUGUCUCAUACAGUGUGCCUAUGAUGAACCCCUUUUGUGCCAAUGGGUUCAAUCAAAAGGCUAGAGAUCCUGUUCAUAUGCAAUGGCCAACAUCUACUAUGAUGUAUGCUCAGUCUUACGAUCAUCUUAGACAAACUUUUUACCAGGCUCCAUACAACCAACAGCCUCUGAGCUUUUUUGAUUACUCCCAGAAUUGUUGAUUUGUUAUUUUAUGGGCGGGGGAAUAAUCUGUAUAACAGGGUAGUAGAAUUCAUUCUUGCAACUUUUGGAACAUAUAUUAUUAUUAUUAUUAUUAUUAUUGUCAUUAUUGUAAGUUUAGUCUUCAAUGGACUUGUGUUCUCUUUAAACUCUAAAACUAGUCUGUCAUUUUUUUUUGUUCUA